AUGUAUCACCAUAUUAUCGCUGCGGUACUGCUCACCGCUGGCAGCGCUUUCGCGGCCCCUGCCCCCCAGCAGGCUGCUCCUCCGGCUGAGGUGAAAUGCCCGAUCGUUUUCGAUGGCCGAGUUCCAGUUGGCACUGAGCCCACGUUCUUCGACUCGUACGCGACAAACACCAUCUUCAACCCGGAUUACGUCAAGGGCAACGACCUCAAGUGGAGCCAGAUUCUCAAGUUUCCUAGCGAAGAGGCAUCCCGUUUCGAUGGCGCUGACUACACGUCCGUGGAAGUGACCUUGUCGGACAAGAGCAUCUUCCAGAAGCAGAACGGCUUCAGAAGAGCGGGUCUGCAAUUCCUGAAAGAUUCUCCGGACGGCCCGGGAACCAUUGGCGUCAAAACGCUGCACUUUUCCGUCAAGCAGGAUCCAACGCGCCCGCUCAACCUGACCCAUGAGUACCUGAACGUCUGGCACGAAGCCGCCGAUUACUCUUCCAACCAGAUUCAAUUCCAGACUGGUCAGCUCAUCGGCAAGUCCGCCGCGGACAAGAACAAGUUCAAGAUCCUCGACCGUAAUGGAAGAAGCCUGUACUCUGUGGACAUUGACCAGAAGAACUGGCAGAACUUUGCCAUCAAGCUGGAUUACGACAAGAACCAGGUGCAGAUCUACUACUCCGUUGGCCAGGCGCCUCUCAAGUCCGUCGCUGGUCCUACGUCGGUUAACCUUGCGGGCGGUGGCCAGUUCCAGAUCGGUAUGCUCAAGAAGCCAACGGGCACUUCGGAUGUCGUCAACAGCGGAUACCAGUCGAAGAACCUCAAUGAAGGCCAGGUCUAUGGUGGCAUCUUCCUCGAAGACAGUGCUGGCAGCUGCGUGUCCCUGUAAUGGUUCAACCUAAGCUGGGAGGGAAGUUAGAGUGAGAACGAUGGAUAUAGUCGAACGGAAACUUGCUUUGUAUAUACUGUAUUCCUAUAGGGUGUCCACAAGGUACAAGUUUGGAACGACUCAACGAUGUUCCUGGAGUCGGCUGUCGAAAUUCUCUGUUGCGCCCCAUGUCUCCCGCGUCC